AUGUCUAUGAUUGAUGCGAUGGAUGCGUCUUUGCUUGUUGUUGCUGAUCUCUUCUCUGCUUAUUCUUCAGGUGAUAUUGAUCGUGUUAUUAGUCUGAUUGAUGCUGGAGCGUCUCCUUUUACUACUAACGAUGAAGGUAACACAUUGUUUCACUUGUGUUGUACCAAUAAUACUGACGGACCAAGAAUAUUAAAGCGUCUUUUGACUGUACCAAGUAUUGAGCCCACCCCAUUUUUCUUAUUUUAUCUUGGUAAUAAUGAUGGUGAUACUUUACUUCAUUUAGCUUGUAUUAAUGAAAUAAUAGAGUGUGUUCAAUUAUUGCUGUCACGUUCCCGAGCUACAGAUAAUACCUUAUUUGAAUUAACUAACAAUGCUGGUUUAUCUCCAUUGUAUUAUGCUAGUAAAGCUGGUCAUAUUGAUAUAGUGACACUAGCUAUUUCAAAAUAUGGUCCAUUCAAUAUUGAUAAUAUCAUUAAAUGCAUAGAUGUUGCUGCUAGUUGGCAAAUUAUUCAAUUAUUAUUAAUAAAAAUUACACUCAGAGAUAUGAUGAACACGUGUAACGAACAUGAACACACUCAACACCUCCUAAGACUCUUUCCUAUGGAUAAUGAAUACUUCCAGUUAAGUGAUGGAAUGACAACUGUACUUCAUUUAGCAGCUACAUCAGGGGAUCUAGAAUACUUCACUACUAUUGUUAGUUUCGGCUUUGAUAUAAACAGAUUAGAUAGUGAUGGUUACACUCCUCUACACAGAGCUAUUGAAUAUAGUCGUGUAUCAAUAGCUAAAUAUCUUAUUAGCCAACCCAACUGCCUUUGUGAAAAAUUAACUAAAAAUAAAGAUAUAACUCCGUUACUUGAUGCUGCUAUUGAAUUAGGUGACCUAUCAUUAGUACAGGGUCUGGUGGAAAGAGGUGUGGAUGUUAAUAUUAGUAACUGUAAUGGUGCAACUGCAUUGCAUUAUUCUUGUCGUUGUGGUCACUUAUCAAUUGUAGAGUAUUUGACAUCUCUUCCUCAAAUUAAUUAUGCAAAAGAUACUUGCAGCAGAACAAGUAUUCAUUUUGCAGCUGAAUUUGGGCAAGUACAUAUUGUCAAGUAUCUUGUUGAAUCAUGCAACCAUGAUAUUAAUAUAGAGGAUAAGUAUGGCAAUACUCCACUGUAUAUGGCAUGUAUUUAUAAUCACUUGCCAGUAGUAGAGUAUUUAACAGGACAACCAAACUGUAACAUUAAUAGUAAUAAUGAGACACACCCUCUACUAGCAGCAACAGAUAAAGAACAUUUAGAAAUAGUGAAGCAUUUCAUUGAAUCUACUGGCUGUGAUAUUAAUGUUAGAGAAAAAGGAACUGGUUCCACUCCAUUACAUAAAGCAUGCUAUAAUGGAUCACUGUCAAUAGUAGAAUAUUUGAUAUCUAAACCACGGUGUGACAUUGAAGCUGAAGACAAUGAAGGAAACCAACCACUUCAUUAUGCAGCAUGUCAAGGACACAAGGAAAUAGUUUCAAUAGUAGGAAAAAAAGUUAGUAUAGAUGGUUUAUCUAAAUGUAUGGAAUCAGCAAAGCAACUAACAGAACCAGAUAUAAUGGAUCUAUUAAAUAAUCAUUAUAAAGAUAGGAUAUCAUUACUUAAUGCAUGCGAUUGGAGUGCCUAUACACCAUUACACUGUGCAUGUGAAAAUGGUCAUUUUGAAAUUGUUAAAAUUUUGACUAAUCAUCCACAAUGUAAUAUUGAAGCUGAAAGGUUUUCUAGUGACAAACCACUACACAAAGCAUGUGAAUCUGGUAAUGUAAACAUUGUACAUCAUCUUGUCAUUGACAAACACUGUGAUGUUAAUGCUAAAGGGAGGUUUGGCUAUACACCAUUACUUUUUGCAUGUGAAAAGGGUCAUUUUGAAAUUGUUAAAUUUCUGACUAAUCAUCCACAAUGUAAUAUUGAAGCUGAAAACGAAUAUAAUGACAGACCACUACACGUAGCAUGUCAAUCUAAAAAUGUAAACAUUGUACGUCAUCUUGUGAUUGACAAACACUGUGAUGUUAAUGCUAAAGGGAAGGAUUGCAAUACACCAUUACAUUAUGCAUGUCAAGAGGGUUCUUUUGAAAUUGUUAAAUUUCUGACUAAUCAUUUGCAAUGUAAUACUAUUGAAGCUGAAAACAAUAAAAAUAAAAGGCCAUUACAUUCAGCAAUUAGUCAUAGACCUCUUUCUAAAAGUCAUUUGGACAUUGUCAAUUAUCUUGUUGAAGUUAAAGGUUGUAGCGUUGAGGAGAUUAAAGAUCUUUAUAUUUAUCAAUCCAGUGGUAUAGCAUUAUUACGUGUUGUUAAGUGUAUAUUGACUGGUCCUCCUGGUGCUGGUAAGAGUACAUUAAAGAAGAGGCUCCUCAAUCAAUCUCUUGAUACAGGUCCUUCUCUUAGUACUGGUGUAAUUGAUGCAGCUGUACAAGUUAAUUCAUUUCGAAAACUAUCACAGCACAAUGCAGUAGUGACUACAGAAUGGAAAGAACAGGAACUUGAUGAAGAAGCUAUACUGAUCAGUAAGAAACUAUUACCAGCAAACAAUACAUCAGAUGAAAGUAUUGGACCUACUGCACCUCACCAGUCUACUUUAUCAUUUGAAGAACGAGAAGCUCUAUCAUUUGGAAACAAAUCAAGAUCACCCAAAGAAAGCGACCUAUCUUAUCAAUGUGAUGAUACAAGUGUUAUGUCGUCACCUAGGUGCAUGCACUCUGAAGUAAUUGAUGCCUCAAGUUAUAAUAAAGAGAGCUCAAUUAUGAAGCAGAAGAAUAUAGCUGAUUCAUGCAGAACACCUGUCAAUUGUGAGGAGGAAGAAACCACAACUAAUACCGAUGUGCAAGAUUGCAGCAGUUCAGUAAAAAAAGGAUUUUCAGAUUAUGUAAUGAAGAUACCUGUUAGAAAAAGAGAAGAAUAUGAGAAGAAGUUAGAAGAAGGAAAUGAUGACAGUCACACAAUGUUACACAUCAUUGAUACUGGAGGACAACCUGAGUUUCAUGAAAUAUUACCAGCUCUUAUAACUGGCCCAGCUAUCAAUCUACUGGUAUUCAAACUAACUGAAGAUUUAAGGAGUCGCUAUGAAAUAAUCUAUCGAACCUCUUCUGGUGAUUCUAAACCUUAUGAAACCUCAUUGACACAUGAAGAAGUGAUAUUCCGUUCACUAGCAAGCAUAGCUUGUUUAAGACAGAACACUAUUGGAUGGAGUUUUGAUGAAAUACCUAUUGAAGAUAAGUCAGAACCUGUUGCUUUUCUUAUUGCUACACACAGAGACCAAGUGGAUGAGAAUAAAGUGAGUGAAGUCAACCAGCAACUGAGAACCACGAUAGAAAACAGUUCUCACUUGUUUGACUCUGAUCUUAUACAGUUCUCUCAAUCAGAGCAAGUCAUUUUUCCACUUGACACAACAAAGGAUGAAAAAGAAGUAGAACACCUUCGUUCUCUACUUCAUGAGGCUAUAACAAAAAAAUUCGAGGAAUUAAAAAUACCAGCAUCUUGGUGUGCUCUAAGUUUAAGAUUAAGAAAAAGUAAAAGGAAGCUUUUCAAUUAUCGUACUUGUUUUCAAUUAGCUCAAGAGUGUGGUAUCAAGGAUACAGAAGAGUUUAAAAAUGUUUUAUGGUAUUUACAUCACAGAGUGGGUAUCAUCAUGCAUUAUCCUAAUGUAGCAGGUCUGGAGGAUAUUAUUAUCACUGAUCUUCAACUGGUGUUUGAUCGUAUCACUAAUCUGAUCACAACAUGCUUCACUUUUGAACAGUUAAAAAGUGCUGCUGUGAGGAAAGAGUUUCAUAAAAAUGGACGCUUUUCAGAGUCACAACUAGAUAAAAUUGCAUUACAAGAGAAAGGCAAUCCUCUCAAUACAAAGAGACUAGUAGCACUACUGAAGCAUCUUUAUAUUGUAGCUGGUCCUAUGAAAACUAAAGUUGAUCAAAAAACUGUCAAUUACUACUUUAUGCCUUGUGCUCUGAAACCAGCAGGUGUGGAAAGAGAGGAGAGAGAUGGGUCAGUUAGUCCAGCUCCUUUAUUGAUAUGUUUUGAGUGUGGGUAUACUCCUGUUGGUGUAUUCUGCUGUCUAGUAGUGUAUCUUCUUGAUCAGCAGACAGAUCAAGUAUUGGAAUGGAAGUUAACUGGUAAUGAUCAAUAUCGUAACAGGAUUACCUUUCAAGUUGGUCAAUACUAUGAUUCUGUUACCUUAAUUAGUCAUGCUACUUAUCUUGAAGUGUGGGUUCAGCAACAAAUGAAUCCCUCACUAAAUGAUCUUUGUGAAAAGAUAUUAUCAUCAUUGGACAAAGGACUAGUCACAGUGACACAAUCACUCCAUUACACUUACAAGUCAAAGCAUAUGUUUGGAGUACCAUGUACAUGCACUGGAGUACCUCAUCCUGCUGUGAUAGAGUAUUGUUCAGAAGGAGCUAAGUGUACUAAUGGUAAUAUAAUGCAACUUGGUGAGAAACAUUUGUACUGGUCUAAAAAGGUUGUUGAUCUGAAUACUGGAGCUCAAAAAUCUAACAAAAGCCAACCAUCUGGUAAUGUAGCUGCUACAAAAAAUGAAGUUCUUCCAAAAAGUAUCUUUCAAAGCCACUUAGCUGAUAUUACUGAUGCAAUUUCAUCAGAUGUUACACGUGUUGCUGUUGAUUUUUGUACUAAAUCGUUAAUACCUACAUCUUUAAAUAAUGACCUUGCCUCACUUCUUGGUGUAUCUGACUUUGACAAAGCUAACAGGAUCACUAGCUACAUUUAUAAACAUAUAAUAUCUAAUUCUACAGUUGAAGCUGCUGAAUAUCUUACCACUGUUUGUAAUGUGUUGUAUCAAAGAGAUCACAUGAGAUUAAAAAACAUUGCUGCUAAUAUUUGUAAGGAAUUAGGUAAACCAGUUCCUAAAGGCAAGAAACAAACAAAACUUAAGAGAGUACAUACUGAUGAUGACAAUGCUUUAAGAGGAAGGCAAUCACAAGAUAUGCAAGGAGAAAUGUCAGUAAAUGAAAGAUUAAAAUUAUCAGAGCUAUCUGAAACAAAUGACGAUACACAAUCUUCAAGCAAUAUUAGUAGUGUAUUGGGACUUGAAAGACACAGUGAAGAUGAAACCUCUGAAUCUGUUUUAACAAACAAAAAACAAAGACUUUUGACUGAUGAUGAUGAUGAUGAUGAUUCUCUUCCCUCUCCUCUUAAUAAAGGAUAUGGUAAAAAAUUAACUGGAAAUAAACUGCACAAAAUAAAAAAUGGACAACCCUCUCAUAAUGAGGUUAGGAAAAGGAAAGAAAAUGAAGAUCAUGAUCGUUCAUCAAGAAGUAAAAGGUUUAAGAUCUCUCGUAAUAAUGACACUACUGAAGAAACAACUAUUGAACAGGAAAGCUCAUUGUCUCAUAAUGCAGAUCUCCUGUUGGAAAAGAAGCCACAAAUGAGCGAUCUUAUUAGGCUAUUUCAAUGUUCUGAUACUUAUUAUAUGAUUAUUGGGAUUGCACUGGAGGUUGAAGUGUAUGACCUGUUACUUAAUCCACAAUCAACUACUAAUAAUCUCAUUCAAGUAUUCAAGAGAUGGCUAGACUCCAAUAAUGAUGUGACCUGGAGAAAUAUUUUGCAAGUUUGUGAAGACUAUCCUGAUCAGCUUGGAAAAGCAAAAUCUGAUGUAAAUAAAUUUCUUUUAUCAGAUAGAGCUAGUAGGAAAUAUCUUAAAUAAGCUUAUAAAAGACCCAGCACAAGGUACACACUAUCACUUACGAUUCUCCUCCUUUUUCUUGAGAUCAGCUGGCAAUAAACCUCACUCUAAGAAAUAAUUUAAGCUACAUAAUACAUUUACAUUAGCUUUACUUUCAUAAGUUAUUUAUAGGUAGUAGAAGACACACUAUCACUUAUCACUACAAUUUUGUCACUUAAAAUUUUUGUUAUAAAUCA